AUGGAGAACGAAAAGGGAGAGAUCGUCGAUCUCUACGUCCCCCGCAAGUGCAGCGCGACCAACCGCAUCAUCCGAGCCAAGGACCACGCCAGCGUGCAACUCAGCGUCGGCAAGGUCGACGAGAACGGCAGAUACACCGGCGAGAACCAGGUCUAUGCUCUUUGUGGGUUUGUGCGAUCGAGAGCCGAGGGCGACGAUGCCUUGAACAGACUUGCCCAGCGUGAUGGGUUCCUCAAGAACGUCUGGAGUGCGCAGCCUACGAGAUAA